AGCGCGGGAAUCGGUGGUUAGAACACAUAAACCCUAAACUCUGCGUGCGGCUCAGUUCUCUCUUUCUGUCUUUGCAUUAUUGUGGAGAGAAGAAGAAGAAGAAGAAGAAAAAGUGUCUUGGUGUGAAACCCUAACAAUGGCAACCUCAAUAGCGUCUCAAUUAGAAGUUAUCAGAUCCUUCGCAAAAGCUGACUCUGAGCCUCUCAAAAAGCCCUUCACUCGCCCUUCUAUCUUGUUCGAUCCAAAAGAAGCUGCCGAUAUCGAUAUUGAAUCCAUUUUCACAAUCGCACUUCAAGGUUUAGAGGUUCUUGUAAGCACCGAUGAACGGUUCAGGAACUAUAAGAAUGAUUUGUUUAGCCAACGGAGUAAAGAGUUGGAAAGAGAGUUGAUGGGCGUGGAACAGAAUAAUCAUCUUAAUGUCUCCAUUGCUUCAUUCUUAAGAUUAAUUUCUGGAUAUUUUCUUAUUCCGUCUGCUCUUAAAACGCUUGAGUACUUGAUACGUAGAUACAAGGUUCAUGUUUACAACAAUGAGGACUUGAUUCUGUGUGCUUUGCCGUACCAUGACACCCAUGCAUUUGUUCGAAUAGUACAGAUAGUUGAUACGAGGAAUACUAAAUGGGGGUUUCUUGACGGUGUGAAAGUCUCUGGUGCACCACCACCUAGAAUGGUCAUAGUGCAGCAGUGCAUCCGUGAUAAGGGCAUAUUAGAAGUUCUAUGCAACUAUGCAUCUCCGUCAAAAAAGUUUCAUCCUUCAAGGCAUGUAAUAGGAUUUUGUACUGCUGUUUUUGUUGAAGUUUUGGGUAUUGUUGUGCCUGUUAAUGAUGAUCUUGUCAAGAGAAUACUUCCUUUUGUGGUAUCUGGUCUUCAGCCCGGCACUAAGGGAGUUUCAGAACACAAGGCUGGUUCUUUGAUGCUCAUUGGUUUGCUUGGAAACAAAGCUGCAUUAGCUCCCAAGCUUUUGAAUAGUUUAAUACGUUCAAUUGCUGAGGUUGCUCACGAGGAGGCUAAAGAGUUGGGGGAUCUUCAUUGGCUUCGGUUAUCCCUUAUUGCCUUGAUCAAUCUUGUUCAGUCUCAAAAUGUUGAAAUUCUCCCAGCUAAGGCCUUGGAGAUUUUAAAGGAAAUAAGGGACUUGGCAGGGAUUUUAUUAGAAUUGUCUAAGGAGUUCAAUAUUGAAAAGUUUUUAGUCGUGCUUUUGGAUUCCCUGAUUGAAUGCAGUUCUUCUGAUGAUUACUGUCAGCGGGCUUUGCUAUCAUUGAUAGAAAAAGUCCCCAUAAAUGGUUCUGUUUAUCAUGUGGUCACCAAGGUCCUAUCAACUUGUGUGAAAUUAUCACAAAAAGUUAGUGACUCAACGUCUUCAAUGGCAGCUGGGUGGGCGAAAAAGAUUCUGAUUAUUGUUAAUACGAAGUAUCCUUCUGACCUACAUAGUGCAGUUCAUCAUUUCCUUCAGGAUAACAAAGUUCAUUCUAAGAAAGACGAUUCAUUGUAUAAGAUUUUAUGUAAGAUGUUGGAUGGGAAUUUGGAUUCAUCACGUGAUAUCUUAGAUUCAAAAGUUUGGUUUGCCUUGUAUCAUCCAAAGGCUGAUGUUCGACGUGCUGCACUGCUUGAUUUAAAUUCUAGUGGCAUCCUGAAAUCCAGAGCGGUUGUUUCAGAGAGUUUUAUAGACAUCGGAGAGGCCAUACUGAGACAGCUUGAUGAUAAAGAUCUAACAGUUGUUCAAGCAGCUUUACAUGUUGAUGGCUUGCCAAAUGUAGUAAGUUCUUCUAAGCUUAUUGAUGCACUGCAGAAUGUGCUAAGAAGAUGUAUUGGCAAGCUACUAUCAGGUUCAACUGAUAACGUUAGUCUAACUGGUGAAGUUGCUGUCACUUGUCUAAAGAAUGCAAUCUCAUGCUUCUAUGAUCAUACUGAUUACUUGAAGAACAUUGCUGCCAUGAUUUUUCCAUUACUCCUUGUUCUACCACAGACACAGAGCUUGAACUUAAAGGCCCUGGGAUUUGUCAACAAAGUAAACUGGCCACUUUAUCGGAAUAUUGCUGUGUCUACCUCUGGAGAAGUGACACUGAUACCUGGGAGUUUAUCUUCAAUUAACUUGAAGACUAUCAAUAACAUGGCUGAUAAUUUCAUGGUCCACCCUGAAGAUCAUAUUGCUUGGUUUAUUGAAAGCUGCAGUGAUUUGGAAUUGUCAAAGACACUUUUCUUUUUUGUUUUAUUGCAGUCUCUUUUGAGGAAUCCAAAAGGUGAUGACUUUUCUGCACUAUUUGAAAGUGUAUUUCCUAUUUUAAAGGCUGAGUGGGAAUCCUUUGUGACUGCUGGUGAUGCUUUUUUGGAUGAGUUCAAUUCUGAAGUGUUAGACUGGGAUUGCAGUGCAUUCUUGGACCAUCUUUUGUAUGCCAAUCUCAGGCCUCUAAAUGCAAAAAUUAUGGUUUGCAUAUUUUGGAGGCUGCUAGCAACACUAAUAUCAGCAGUGCCUUCGGACAUUCCACUUGAUGAUGACGAUGAUGAUAAGUGGGUCAGCAAGAUAAAGGAUCUGUUUGUAUUUUUUGCCUCCUCACAAUUCAAACAUGCAUUCAGUAAACACCUUCAUUACCUAGUGGCACAAUGCAGAAUAUCACCUCCCCGCCUCUUAUCCAAGUUUUUCACAGAAGAAGGUGUUCCUGCCGUAGUCCAGGUUGAAAGUCUUCAGUGCUAUGCAGCUCUUUGUAGUCCGUCACAAGAUAGAUGGCAAAUUGAACUUUUAGCCGAAUUUCCUUCUGUUCUUGUUCCAUUGGCUGCUGAUAACCAGGCUAUAAGGAUUGCUGCCAUGAACUGUAUUGUUGAGUUACAUGCAUUGGGUUGUCAUAUUAAACGUUCUGGCAAGAAAAAUGGGAACAAUGCAAACUGGAUCCAUUUUCUGGGUGAGCUCUUAUUGGUGAUGGAUCAGCAAAGAACACUUAUAUUGUCUGACAAGAAAUUUCUUCCGUCGUUGUUUGCAUCCAUGCUGAGCUCAUUCUGUCAUAACAUCGUAGUACCUCAAAAUAUUGAAACCAGGUUUGAUCAGUCCACAAAAGAAAAAAUUCUUGGCUUCAUUUUGGGUUCUGCUUUGAAGUUCUCUGACUAUGGAAAGCUAAUGAUUUUAUCCUUGCUGAAAGGAAUUGGGAAUGUUAUUAUGCAUGUUAAAAAUGUUGGACCAUUGUUGUCCUCUUUUAUGGAACAAUACUAUAAGAAGCUCGAGAGGUCUCGCCAGAAAUUGUCAAACAUUGAAAUUCAGAUAAUGUGCCUUUUGCUGGAGAGCUGUGUUAUGUCGUCUCCCUCUGGUGGAAAUGAUCUUCAAGAUCAUUUACUGAAUGCUUUGCAGUUGGAUGCUAUGAGUUCAGAUGACCCUGCCUAUGUCGAGCCUUGUAUCACUGUCUUAAACAAACUUAACCGUCAAUUCUACAUGGGGUUGAAGAAUGACGUGAAGGAGCAUUUAUUUUGCAAGCUUGUCUUUCUGAGCUAUAUUGCUAAUGGCGACGUUCAAAGUGCAACUAAAGAGGCCUUAAUGCGCAUAGAUAUUAGUUUCUCAACUGUUGGCCACAUACUUGAUCGUAUACUUACACAGAAAGGUUGCGUAAUUAGUUCAGCCAAUGAAAAGAAGAUAAAGAAACAGAAACUGGCUGUACUUCAAGAAGAAAAACUUCCCGCUAAUGACAUAUGCGGAAGAGAUAAUCCCGUCUACAUGCUUAGUUCCCUUCUUGAUGUUUUGCUACUGAAGAAAGACAUAACAAACAGGCAUUUGCUUUUAGACUCCUUAUUUAAGCUUCUUAGCAAGGUAUUUUCAGAAGAAUGGGUAAAUGGUACCCUCUUCCUGGAAAAAAGGUUAAGCCAACCUCCAUCAAGUCCUUCUGAAGCCAGCACUACCGUAGUAUCUCAUAUUCAGCAGACUCUGUUGAUAAUCCUGGAGGAUAUAAUUAUGUCUCUUAAAAGAACGGCUCCUCUAAAUGGAAAAAUGACAGAUGAAAUUAAUAUUAAGCUACUGAUAGAGUGUGCCCAGACUUCCAACCUGGUAGUCACCCGCAACCAUGUAUUUUCUCUGCUUUCUGCUGUUACUAGAGUCUUCCCAGAAGAAGUUUUGGAGCAUAUACUUGAUAUUGUUGCAGUGAUUGGAGAAUCAGCUGUCAAACAGAUUGACAGUCAUUCGAAGCAUGUUUUUGAAGAUCUUAUAUCUGCAAUUGUUCCUUGUUGGCUGUCUAAGACAGAUGAUGUGGAGAAAUUACUGAAGAUUUUCAUGGAUAUAUUGCCUGAUAUUGGCGAGCACAGGAGGGUGUCAAUUGUUUUAUAUCUGUUAAGAACUUUGGGUGAGGGUAAAAGCUUGGCCUCAUUGCUUAUACUGCUUUUCGGUUCAUUAGUUUCAAGGAAAGCUACCUGUUUCCUAAAUAUUGAGACUCCAGAUGCUUUAACAUUUUAUACCAAAGAGUGGGAAUUUAAAUUUGCAGUGCAAAUUUGUGAACAAUAUACAAGUACGACUUGGCUUCCUUCUUUAGUUAUGCUGCUUGAACAGAGGGGAAAUAGUAAUGCUGACCAGGCAUUGUUUCUGGAGUUGUUUAUUGCAAUGCAAUUUUCUUUGCAAAAAUUGCAAGAUCCAGAGUUUGUGUUUAAGCUGGAAUCUGGAGAAGAUACAGUUGUAAUUCAGAGGGCACUGGGAGAGCUUAUGGAGCAGGUUGUUUUCCUCUUGCAACUUGUAGAUGCAAGAAAAAAACAACUGAAUUUACCUGUCAUUGUGAGGAAAGAGUUGAAGGAAACUAUGCGUGCUGUUGUGAGGAAUAUGACAAUGCUCAUGAUACCUUCAGCAUACUUUAAGAGCAUAAUUAAGUUGCUCCGCCAUGCCGAUAUAAAUGUUGGAAAAAAGGCUCUUGGGCUGUUUUGUGAGGCUGUAAGAAAUUAUAUAACUGUCAGCUUAAAGCUUAAAGGCAGCAAAGGUUCAAGGUCAAGUCCAAGUUUUCCUUGGCUUCAUAUGGAUGAAAGUUCUCAAGAAUCACUUAAUAAAUUGUGUUUAGAAAUUAUUCGAGUACUUGAUGAUUCAUCAAAUACCUCCUUGAAAGUGGCAGCAGUUUCAGCAUUAGAAGUUCUGGCCGAAAGGUUCCCUUCGAAUAGUUCCAUCUUCAGUUUAUGCCUUGGAUCUGUUACAAGAUGUAUUACAUCUCAUAACUUUGCUGUGACUUCCAUAUGCCUUCGAACAACUGCUGCAUUGAUCAAUGUUCUAGGUCCAAAAGCACUGGCAGAACUUCCUGAGAUUAUGGACAAUGUGAUGAAGUCAUAUCAUCAAGUAUUGUCUAAUCUGGAUAUGAAAGCCAAAACUAAUGAUGUUUUAUCUGCCUCAAAUGAAUCCCAUUUUUUUUCUGUUCUCCUCACUUUGGAGGCAAUUGUGGACAAGCUUGGUGGAUUUCUGAAUCCAUAUAUCACAAAUAUCAUGGAACUUCUGGUGCUUCAUCCUGAAUAUGUCUCAGGAAUGGAUGCAAAGGUGGAAUCUAGAAUUCGGGGAAUACGCAAGCUUCUUGCUGAAAAAAUUCCUGUUCGACUUGCCCUACUACCUUUGUUAAAAUUAUACCCUGCUGCCGUUGAGGCUGGGGAUAAAAGCUUAAUAAUUAUGUUUGAUAUGUUGGCAACCUUGGUUGGUACAAUGGACAGAUCAUCUAUUGUGGCAUUCCAUGGAAAGAUUUUUGACCUUUGCUUGGUUGCUCUUGAUCUUCGCCGUCAAAGUCAUCUUUCGAUUCAGAACAUUGAUGUAGUGGAAAAAGGUGUGAUUAAUGCAGUGAUUGCUCUGACCCUAAAACUUACUGAGAGCAUGUUCAAGCCUCUUUUCAUAAAGAGUAUUGAGUGGGCAGAAUCCGAGGUGGAUGAAACUGCAUCUGCAGGAAGCAUUGAUAGGGCCAUAUCUUUCUAUGGCAUGGUAAAUAAGCUUGCAGAGAACAAUCGGUCAUUGUUUGUUCCUUACUUCAAACACCUGCUUGAUAGCUGUGUUCAUCAUCUUAGUGGUGGUGGAGAUGUGAAAGUGUCUAGUCUGAGUCGGAAGAAAAAGAAGGCUAAGAUUCAGGACGAUGGCAAUAUACAAGAAGCGAGCAGUGUGUCUAUCAAGGGCUGGCAUCUCAGGACAGUAGUCUUGUCAUCCUUGCACAAGUGUUUCCUCUAUGACACUGGGACCUUGAAAUUUCUUGACUCCUCAAAUUUCCAGAUGUUGUUGAGACCUAUUGUUUCACAACUUGUCAUAGAUCCACCGGCUUCGCUGGAUGACAGCAUGAAUAUACCAAGCGUGAAGGAAGUUGAUGACCUACUGGUUGUGUGCAUCGGUCAAAUGGCAGUGACUGCUGGAUCUGACCUUUUGUGGAAACCUUUGAACCACGAGGUGUUGAUGCAGACACGGAGUGAAAAUGUGCGAGCUAGAAUAUUGGGCCUCAGAAUUGUUAAAUAUCUUGUGGAGAACUUGAAAGAAGAAUAUCUAGUAUUCCUGGCUGAAACAAUCCCCUUCCUUGGUGAACUGCUUGAGGAUGUGGAGCUUUCAGUUAAAUCUCUUGCCCAGGACAUUCUGCAGGAAAUGGAGUCUAUGAGUGGGGAAAGCCUACGGCAAUACCUAUGAUGAAAAAUUAGGAGGGUAAUAUUUAUGCUAUUGUUGUAUGAGUAAGAGCUACAAAUGUGUAAUCAAGUAUAUGGAAUAUGAUAUAUAGGCCAAUGUAUAUUGUAGUUAUUUAAGGGAAAAUUGCAUUUAUUCAUUCUGAUAAAUGUAAAAGUCCAAUUGUUCUC